AUGAAACUUCUCUUUCUCUUCUUCUCGCAUUUCUUCGUCGUCUUUGCUUUCAUAUUAUUACUACCGUUACUAUUUACUGAGUUUCUUCUUUUCUUUCUUCUUCUUCUUCUUCUUCUUCUUCUCCCACCUCCUCCUCCUUUCUUUCUUUCUUUCUUUUUCUCCCCUUUCUCCUCUUCUUCUUCUUUUAUCUUCUUUUACUCCUCCUUUCUUUUCUUCUUCUACCUCUCUCUCCUCCUUCUUUUUCUUCUCUUUCUCCUCCCCUUCCUCCACCUCCUUCUUUUUUCUUCUUUUCUCCACCUUUCUCUUCCCCUCUUCCUUCUUCUCUCUCUCCUCCACCUUCAUCUUUUUCUUCUUUCUCAUCCUCUUCCUUCUCCUCCUUCUUCUUCUUCUUCUUCUUCUUCUUCUUCUUCUUCGUCACUCCUUCUCCCUCCUCUUCAACCUUCUCCUUCCUUUUCACCUUCUUCUUCCCUCCUUCUUCUUCUACUACUUCCUAAUAUACAUACACACGUUCCUCCUUGUUCUUUUUUUUUAAUUAUUAUCCUUCUCUUCUUUUACACGUUCUCUCUCUCUCUCUCUCUCUCUCUCUCUCUCUCUCUUUCUUUUUUGAUCUUCGUCUAUAUUUUGUCUCUGUCUACGCUCUCUUCUAGACUUCGAUUUUUAUUGCUGGAUCCUCCUCUCUAUCCACUUAACCCGCAUCCUCCUCCUCCUCUUCAUUCGCCUACUCCCCAUCCUCCUUCUGCUUUUUCUUCUACAAUAGAAGACUGUUGUGUACUUAUUAGCGUACAGUGA